AUGGAUGUUAAUUUUAGGAAAUUGAACGAUUGCGGUAAAGUACAAGUGACCGGAGAAAUUUUACAGCCAAAAUUUUAUCGAAUCAAUGCAACAUUCAUUGCUGAAAGAGAUCCAAUUCGUAAUGUCAAAGUAGAUGCGACAUCAACAGUUUAUGCUGUUGUACAAAUUGGUCUACGUGGUGGCAUUUUUCAAUAUACGAAUGCCUUGAGAAUACUUGGAAAGCCAUCACAAAUGUUAUCCUUUGAUGAAGCAUUCUUCUGCUAUCGUGGUUCCACCUUGAUCGAUCAGGAUAAAUGUAGUAAGGAUGAUUUCCCGAGUAAUUCACGAUCUCCUGCUACACUAUCAUCUUCAACUAAAUCUCAAGAUAUGGAAUCAUCAAUUACUAUCCCCUCUUCCUCAUCCGUACAAUUUUCCACCAAUACUAUUUCUUCCGUAUCUUCAACUGAUGAUAAUAGCAAAAAUUCUGAUCUUAUGGAAAAAAAUGGAAUAGGAAGGAUAGUUUAA